GGUAGAAAGAAUCUGAUCAUAUUUGUCUCUUCAUAGGAGGAGCCCUUUUCUACCUUGUCUCAUGAUGGGCAGGACAGAAAAGGGAAAGGUGAAGGACAAAAGGCAGGGACAGUAGAUGCAUAAAUAGUCACUCCUUCCUUCUUACCUGACACUAUUUUUUGAAGCUCAGAAGCUGUGCUUGGAUAUUGAGAAUACAAGACUGGAGGACAACAAAUGGUCAUGGCUCAGGGGAAGUGCCUGCAAGGAGCAGUCUACUUGUGUGCAUCCAUGUUGCUGAGAUAGGAGGGACAAAGCACAACCACAGAGGACAACUGUAGGAAGACUGCUUAGGGGUUUCAAGAAAAAAUUCUGAGAACUUUGAUACUCUGAGAGCAAAGAUUUCAGACGCAACAGCAUUAGACCCCUUUGCUAUAGCUAGAGUAGCACUAGAUGCAGCCACAGAAGAGUAAAAGGAUCGGUAACCUAAGCCCAUAACAUCCCUGAAGAUGUCAAUGAAUAAUUCUCCAAAUGUAUUCUUGGAUCCAAAUGCAAAUCGGUUUCAAGUGAACAUAAUUAAUGAAAGCCAUGACAACAAUGAAACAUCCCAAGAGGAUGUGGGCUCUGACCCACCACAUUACGAAGAAACAUCUUUUACUGAUGAAGCCCAUAACAGACUGAAAAUCAGCUACAGACCAGGAAAGAGAGAAUUAUAUGACAAUUUCCUUCAAAACGGGGAGAAAACAGAAGCUAAUUUACAUCCCUAUGACACUCACAGUAACAUGUAUUAUCUACAAACUUUUGGCCAUAACACCGUGGACCCAGUUCCUAAAAUUGAUUAUUAUAGAAACACUGGCAGCGUCAGUGGGAAUAAGCUCAACAGACCAAGCUUAUUAGAAAUUCAUGAACAACUGGUAAAGAACAUAGCUGUGAACACCAGCUCAGUCGAGAGAGUGGCUAAUGGAGAAGGCACUGCUGGAGAGGACACAGCAGCCAGCAAGGAAGAAGAAAACAAAACAGGAUUUGUUAAGUUCGGAUGGGUGAAGGGUGUGCUGGUAAGAUGCAUGCUCAAUAUCUGGGGCGUGAUGCUUUUUAUUCGACUUUCCUGGAUCGUAGGUCAAGCAGGAAUUGGUCUCGGAGUCAUAGUUAUUGGUCUGAGUGUAGUAGUAACAACAUUAACAGGUAUCUCCAUGUCUGCCAUUUGCACCAAUGGAGUAGUAAGAGGAGGUGGAGCUUACUAUCUUAUCUCAAGAAGUCUAGGCCCAGAGUUUGGUGGAUCCAUAGGACUUAUCUUUGCCUUUGCAAACGCAGUGGCAGUUGCUAUGUAUGUAGUUGGAUUUGCUGAAACAGUGGUAGAGCUUCUUAAGGAGAGUGAUACGAUCAUGGUAGAUGAGUCCAAUGACAUCAGAAUAAUAGGCACGAUAACUGUUGUAUGUCUUCUCGGCAUCUCUGUCGCUGGCAUGGAAUGGGAAGCAAAGGCUCAAGUUAUUCUUCUAGUUGUUCUCCUUAUUGCUAUUGCAAACUUCUUCAUUGGGACAGUCAUUCCUACCAACAAUGAAAAGAAGGCAAGAGGCUUUUUUAAUUACCAAGCAUCAAUAUUUGCAGAAAACUUUGGACCAGCUUUCAGAGAUGGAGAAGGAUUUUUCUCGGUGUUUGCCAUUUUCUUCCCAGCUGCCACUGGCAUUCUCGCAGGAGCCAAUAUCUCAGGAGAUCUAGAAGAUCCACAAAGUGCGAUACCCAAAGGAACAAUGCUGGCCAUUCUGAUUACAACUGUUGCUUAUAUAGCAGUUGCAAUAUGUGCAGCCUCCUGUGUUGUACGAGAUGCUACUGGGAACGUCAAUGAUACAGUUGUAUCUGGAAUGAGCUGCAAUGGAUCAUCUGCCUGCACCCUAGGCUAUGAUUUUUCCAGAUGCAGAAAUCAGCCAUGUGAUUAUGGGCUGAUGAAUAAUUUCCAGGUGAUGAGCAUGGUGUCCGGCUUUGGUCCUCUCAUCACAGCAGGCAUCUUUUCCGCUACACUCUCAUCAGCUCUGGCAUCUCUUGUCAGUGCACCCAAAGUUUUCCAGGCUCUUUGCAAGGAUAACGUCUACAAAGCACUCCACUUCUUUGCCAAGGGAUAUGGGAAAAACAACGAGCCUAUCAGAGGAUAUGUUCUCACUUUUGUGAUUGCUAUGGCAUUCAUUUUGAUUGCUGAACUGAACACCAUUGCUCCCAUCAUCUCCAAUUUCUUCCUGGCUUCAUACGCUUUGAUUAAUUUCUCCUGCUUUCAUGCAUCAUAUGCAAAAUCUCCAGGUUGGAGACCUGCAUUCAGAUAUUAUAACAUGUGGGUGUCACUUUUUGGAGCCUUGUUGUGCUGUGCUGUCAUGUUUGUCAUCAACUGGUGGGCAGCUCUCAUCACUUAUGCCAUUGAGCUCUUCUUAUAUAUUUAUGUAACAUAUAAGAAACCAGAAGUAAAUUGGGGCUCUUCUGCACAGGCUCUUUACUAUGUUAAUGCCUUGGACAGCGCUCUGGCAUUAACUACGGUGGAAGAUCACGUGAAAAACUUCAGACCCCAAUGCAUAGUAUUAACAGGAGCUCCCAUGAUCAGACCUGCUCUGCUAGACAUCACACAUACUUUCACAAAGAAUAACGGACUCUGCAUCUGUUGUGAAGUGUAUAUGGGACCACGCAAGCUGUGUGUUAAGGAGAUGAACAGUGGCAUGGAAAAAAAGCAGGCCUGGCUUACAAAGAACAAAAGAAAAGCCUUUUAUGCGGCAGUGGCAGCUGAUAGCUUCAGAGAUGGAGUCAAAAGUCUCCUUCAAGCCUCAGGCUUGGGGAGAAUGAAACCAAAUACCUUGGUGAUUGGAUUUAAGAAGGACUGGAGAAAUGCUACAGCUACGGAAGUUGAGAACUAUGUUGGCAUUAUACAUGAUGCAUUUGAUUUUGAGCUGGGCAUGAUUAUCGUCAGAAUUAGCCAAGGAUUUGAUAUAUCCCAAGUUCUCCAGGUUCAAGAGGAAUUAGAGAAGCUGGAGCAGGAGAGAUUGGCACUAGAAGCUACCAUCAAAGAUAACGAAUUUGAAGAAGGAAAACGUGGUAUCUGUGGAUUCUUCAGAAAAGCCAGCAAGUUCAGUAUCUCAAAACACGAAACAAAAAAGGACAGCACCAUUAACACAAUACAGUCAAUGCACGUGGGUGAAUUCAAUCAAAAGCUGCUAGAAGCCAGCAUUCAAUUCAAAAAGAAGCAAGGAAAAGGAACAAUUGAUGUUUGGUGGCUCUUUGAUGAUGGAGGUCUAACAAUCUUAAUUCCUUACAUUCUAACUAUCAGGAAGAAGUGGAAGAGUUGCAAAUUAAGGAUCUUUACUGGAGGAAAAGUCAACAGGAUUGAAGAAGAAAAAUUGGUGAUGGCUUCACUUCUAAGUAAAUUCAGAAUAAAAUUUGCUGACAUUAAUAUUGUCUGUGAUAUCAAUAUGAAGCCCAGCAAAGAGAGCUGGAAAUUCUUUGAAGAGAUGAUUGAACCAUAUCGCCUCCAUGAAAGCUGCAAAGAUAUAACAACUGCUGAGAAACUGAAGCGAGAGACUCCAUGGAAAAUUACAGAUGCAGAGCUAGAAGCGUUCAAGGAGAAGAGUUACCGUCAAGUCCGUUUGAAUGAACUCCUACAAGAACAUUCCAGGGCAGCUAACCUCAUUGUUCUGAGUCUCCCAGUGGCAAGAAAAGGAGUAGUGUCUGAUCACCUGUAUAUGGCUUGGCUAGAAAUUCUCUCAAAGAAUCUCCCUCCAGUCUUAAUGGUUAGAGGCAAUCACAAAAACGUACUGACUUUCUAUUCGUAGUGAAACUUAUGUGCACAGAAUAUCCCAUGCUUGAUUUCAACACAUUUAUUUUUAAUGGUAGUGCUUUAUUAAAGACACUUAUCCAAAACAGAUCUAGAAUUUGACCUAUUAAUAGAAAAUUUUUCAAAAAUCCAAGACAGGACACAGUGGGGAGUUAGAUAAGAUAAUGUGACUGGUCCUUACUGGUUUUACACUCCAGUGCGGGCAAAAGAAGGAAAAUCUACCUGUGCAAGCCCACCAACAUUUUAAAAACCACAAACAAGAGACCACACUCAUUUUAUACACAACCUAAAAUCCUUUUGAUAUUUAUCCUAGUAAGCCAACAUUAACAGCUACAAUACAAAAAGCAUUAAAUCUAUAAAUAUUUCUUUCAUACUGCACUUUCGUAGUUGCCAACAGGCACAGAAGAGGAUUAAAAUACAAUAUACCAACUUUGGAAAUAGGAAAAAAGCUGCAUGGUAUCUAUCAAGCCAAAAUCAUAAAUAUAAUGCAAGGAGAAUACCUGCAGUGCUGUUUAAUUAUAGCAAUGCCAAAUUACUACCUAUGCCAAAGGCAUAUGCUUUUACCAAAAUUGUUUUCUUAAUUUUUGUUAAUUCAAACGUUUUCUAAUCUGAGAAACAAAAGUUAUGUACGCAAAAAUAAUGAUUCUAUAUAACAAGAGUUGACAAUGAAUUUUCAAGCUCUGAUAUGGAGUGGAAUCAAAUGUAUCAUUGCAAUAAUUAAAGGUGAUAAGUAAAUUUCCAGGAGAAAUUAGUGAAAUACUAAAUAUUCUGGCAAUUUUUGCUCUGAAUGUUGUCCAUUGAUAUAACCUGAGAUUAUAAAUUAGGAUCAUAUAUGCAGUGAUUUACAUAAAAGUGAUUACAAAAUGUAAUAAACUUGAGGUUUAGUCAA